UGAUUCUUGGAUAAAUAGCUCUUUUAUUCCACACAGACCAAGGGAAAGUGGGAUAGAAGCUUGGAAAUGGAAACAUGGCAUGAUCUAGCUAACGUGUACACCAGCUUGUCACAAUGGAGGGAUGCUGAGGUCUGUCUGUCAAAAUCUAAAGCUAUCAGUCCUUUUUCCGCUUCUAGAUGGUAUUCUACAGGUCUACUUAAUGAAGCUAAGGGGUUCCACCAAGAAGCUCUGAGAUCGUACAGGAAGGCAUUAGAUGUUGAACCCACACAUGUUCCAAGCUUAAUAUCUACUGCCUGCAUCCUCAGACAGCUUGGUGGCCAAUCAAUGCCCAUAGUUAGAAGCUUUCUGACCGAUGCACUUCGACUUGACAGAUCAAACCCUGCUGCCGGGUACAAUCUGGGGUUGCUCUACAAGGCUGAUGCUAGUGCGUCAGCCCUAGACGCUGCUGAAUGCUUUGAGGCUGCUGCUCUUCUUGAAGAAUCUGCACCAAUUGAACCCUUUAGAUAA